ACCUCAAAGAAUACAACAAACACUGUUAACGCAUUGAUUUCAUGUAGUUCAGCGCAGGCUUAGAUCAAAUAGACUCGGAAGAACUCCUGAGCACAAGUGUUCAUUAUGCCUUUAUACUGUAUUGAAAAAUCCACUUAGAAAAUCCACUUUACUUCAAAGAAUAAGAAAAGAAUUUUAGUUUAAAAGAGACUACGAUUUUGUUCAAUUUCAAAAAGGAAAAGAAACGUUUUAUUUUUUAUCAAUAAUUAUAUGAGAAUGUUCGUUUUAAGUAAAAUACAGAAACGAGAUACCGAUAGUUGAAAUUUUAAAUAUUAAAAUUUUAAUAAUCAUUUAGAUUUUAAAAUUGAGCUGAAUAAUCUACAUAUUAUUAGUUUUUAUACAAUAUUUCUUUUGUCAUACAUUACCGUUAUUGCCAAUAAUUUCACACCAGAUACAAAAAAAUUUUGAUUCUUAUGGUAUUAAAAUAGCUGCUAAUGAUCAUUUAAUUGUUCAAGCACGAAAUAAUGACAGAAAUUUUUCUAUUCGUUUCCAUAAUAAUACAAAAAUAUUGGGUGUAUAUUGUAAAACUCGAUAUCCAACAAAUACUUUGUAUUGUCAGAAUUAUACAUUGGGAUGGUACUAUUGGAAUACUGUAUCGUAUUCUACAUUUAAUAAGACAUCAAAUACAACAUAUAUUGCUAGUCAUAUUAUGCGUUGGACAAAUACUUUCAAUCUUAAUUGGUACAUAUACAGUUUAGCUGUUGGAAAGAAUCAAAAUAAAAUGCAAAAUUAUUUUACGUAUAUUGGUGAAAUUCUUAACUCAUCUUUUCCACUUUCAUAUCCAGCUUUAUUUAUUGGAUAUGGUAAUUAUUAUAAUCCUGCUAAUUGUUUAUUUUCAUCUAUAAUUCAUGCAUUAAAUUUUACACAUGAAGAACAUAUUGUUUUAGGAAUUGAAAGAGAUUGUUCAGUUGCUUAUGGGGGUUUUUCUAAAUCCUAUAGUGUAAUAUAUAAUCUUGUUUGGUUUAAUACUCCUCCAUGGUCAGGUAGUUUUACUUGGUCUGAUUCAUCGUUUAUACCUUAUGCUAUUGGUAUUAGUUCAAACGGAUAUGGAAUUAUUGUCGGUACAGCUGAUAGUUCACUAAAAAAAUGGCCCAGUGCUUAUUUGAUUCAAUUUGAUCAAUGUUCAUAUAUACUUGAUCCCUCUUGUAUUUCAAUUAUGGAUCAAUAUUUAGUUAUAUUACCAACAUUUAUGUGGCAAUAUAACGUUGUACCAGAUGUAUUUUCUUCAAAUAAUUUUGAUCUAAAACUUAUCAUGUCAGUUAUAAAUCCAUCAUUAAAAUUUAACUAUAUUGAUUCUCGUACUAAUGGUGAACAAAUAAUUGGAUAUGGAAAAUCUGUUGAAUGGUUAGAUGAAUCAACAGCAGUUAUUUUAGCAAAUAGCUAUUCAUUAGACUAUACUGAAUGGAAAUCUUCAACAAUUGAAAUGUGGUGGUUUACAAAUGAUUCUGAUUUUAAAACAAUUUUCUCUAUUUUUCCGAAUAAAUAUCAAUCACUUUAUCAACCACCAAUAAGUUCAAUAUUUAUAAAUGUUUUAACUACAUUAGAGUCAGUUAUUUUUCAUGAUGUCAAUGAAGACUUAUGUAUUGCUGGAACAUAUAAAAAGUCUUGUACGAUUGGUCGAUUUUUAUUUAGUACAUGUGAAAAUCUUUGUUCAAUGGGCAUGAAUAAUCCAGGUUAUUCAAUUAAUACAAGUACUGAAUGUAUCACAUGUAAAAAUUCAACAUCAUUUUGUCCAUUAGGUGCUGUAAGUGAAGUUAAUCCAACAAAAAUGUCUAUUAUUAGUCAAGCAGUUUCUUAUUCACAUGCACCCGACAAUACAGUAUUCGACGAUAUUUUAAUGCAAAAUACAUUUAAUAUUAAUUUUAAAUUGGAAUAUAUUGUUGUUUCACCUUUUUCUUGGGCAACUCUCAUGCUUAUAUUUGCAAUGAUAAUUUUAAUUAUGAUAGGUUUAUUAAAAUUUUCUGUUAAAUGUGAAAAAUUUCGUCAUUUUAUAAAACAAAUAUUCGAACAGACGGAUUUAAUUGGUGAAGGAGAAUUAUGGCUAGGAGGAUUAAUGUCAAUAGCCGUAUUUGUUCUAAUUGUUUUUGCUUAUAUGUUUAGUAAUGCAUAUGUCAAACAAUAUCCAUUUGAAAAUGCUGGUAAUUCAACAUUUUCAUGUGAUAAAUCGCUACAUAAUGCUCAGUUUAGUACAUCAAUGCAAUCAUUAGCAUUACCUCCUUCAUCUAAACUAGAACUAUUAUUUCGAUUAUCUAACAAUCAGUUAUUAACUCUUCAUGUUUCAUUUGUCAAUUCAAUAUUUAACUGUACUGAAUUGAGCGUUUACGAAACAAUUGAAAUAUUUGGACUCGUUUUUCUUAUAUCUGAAUUAAUCUUUUUACCAAUAUUUGAAAUAAUGUGUAAACGUAUAACUAAAUUAAUAAAUAAUAAAGUAGGAUCAGAUAAAAAUGAGAUGCCACAACUAAAAUGGUAUGAAAAGAAACAUAAUAAUAAUUCACCAUUACCAUUUGUGGAUAGGCGACGACGUUCAUUUGAAUUAGAAGAUCGAGAACUAUAUCAAUGGUAUUAUAAAUAG